UGACUGUCACGGGAGCCAAUCAUAUCACUGCGCGCUAGAUGACCAGAGGCGAUUUACGUCCAUCACGAAAGCCUGUCCGCCAUUGUUUUAACUAGCAGUAGUUUGUGAGAAUUUCGCGUCCAGAUUUGAUUCUAACGGACAAUUUAACACUAUGGCCACUGCGGGUAUCGGCACGUGGCAGAGCAUGUCAGCUGACCCAAACUGCGUCUGUGAGGGCGGAUUUGGGGAGGUAACUAGUAUUGCAAAAAGCCCCAUCUUCUAUGGGGCAGGAAUGGGUGUUCUCCCGGGACUAAGCCAUCAGGACACCGCCAUUUUGGCAGGCGUACUCACGGGUCUGGCAACCUUCCUGUUUCUGGCAAUCCCUAUCCUCUGUUGUCUCUGCCCCUUCCCGUGUCUGUGCUGCGGGGGAGCUGGCGGCAAGGGAGGUAAGGCGUUAGCAGGGGCAGGGGCAGGAGCAGGAGCAGGAGCCGGUGGCGCCGCCAAGCGGAAAGAGAAACAUAUGCACGAUGGCAUAAGUGGUCGCAGCACUGACGUGGAGUCAAUCAUGAGUUUCCGGUCAUUUGACAAGAAUUGGGACAAGCUGGACAAGGUGGAUUACGACAACCUGUAUGAAGUGGACAUGAAAUUACCACGUGUCUGGCUGGAAACAUUACGAGGAGUUCCUGACGAUCAGAUUGAUGGUCGCCUGCAGGAAUUGGAGGCUACAAAUUGGCAGGGUACUGACAUGCACAGGAAUGGAGGUUACCAGGGCGGAUACGAGGACGGACGAGACAUGCAGACUCUGGAGAGAAAUAUGACCAUGGAAACUUCAGGAGGUUACGGAGGUGGUGGCGGCGGGAACGGACAUAUUUACGGAAGUGGUGGAGGCGGUAACGGACAUGUUUUUUCCACUUCCACUUCCGGUCGAGAUGGUGGACAGGUGUUGGAAUGGGAGACAACUCGUCAGAUCAACAUAGCGGCAUCGGAACUUCCGGAACAGGAAUACAUCUUAGAGCGAGAGUUCCGCCAGGAGAUGAAUGGCAUGGAACGUGACAACUUUAUGAAGAUUUACCAGACCUACCGACGAAUGCUUGACGAUAGUAAGCAGACUGCAUUCUGAACCAAGCUUUGAACCACACCUUCCUAAGAACAGUGACGUAUCCAAACGGUACCUCCUACAUAUACCGGCCUAAUAUUUCGGAGUUCCGGUAAAUGAGAGAACAGUAUAUUGUAAUACACACAAUUACUGGAUUCUUAAUAUACCAAUGGAACCAGUCGGACUGCUUGGCACGUGUGAACAUGUCAAUUUUGUUAUGUAUAUAUUUAUUUUAUCAUUUUUUAAAAUCUAUUUCUAUUAGUUGAAAGUGCUUUUAAUAAUUGUUUUUCAAAAAUGAGUUACCUAUUGUUAAGUGAUUAUAGAUGCGAUCUUUCUACAGAAGCGUGCAUCAUUUACAAUAACGUGAAGUGAUUUUUCACGACAGUACAGGAAGACCAGCGUAUUUUUAGAAGAUGGAAAGUAUUUCUUUCGAUCUCGUUGUUAAAAUUACUCACUGUUUAGUUAUAUAGUCUAAUUUGCAUUGUAAUUUUAGCACUAUCUUCAUCUUCAAAUGAAACCAACUCACGAGUACCUGUCAGGGACAGCUAUAUGUUCAUAGUUCAGGAACAAGUUUAGUCUGUCGUAAUGUUGAAGACAAUGGGUAUUACGUUUGUGUCAUCUAUUAUUUGAUAAUUAAAUAAAUCACGUAAAAAUACAUAAUGAUAAAACAUUUUGUAUUUUCGAUAUCUUUUACACAUAUUUUCAUGUUUGUAUCUGAUACAUAGGUAGUUAAGACAACAUUGAUGGGGUCUCUUUACCCGAAGAGUUGCUCUUGAUUCAUGAAGGGAAAUGACGCCCCGUACGUGUUUACACAAUAACAUCACUAUCGGAGUCCAGAUGAUGUGGGCUAUCACAACGUCAUAUAUCAUUUUGUUAUAUGUGGUGGUGUUAUUUGACUUAUUUUAUACAUGUAUGUGGUAUAUAUAUAAUGUUGUAUAUUUUACGUCAUAGCCAGAGUGCAUGACAAGGGAGGUAACUCCACUUUUCAGAGUUCUCACAUAGUGCCUUUUAUAAGGGGAGAUAAUCUCCAAACACUUGUGUGCCUUUGUGCUAUAUAUGUUUUUAUGAUAUUGCUGACACAACCUUCAAUAAAGCGAUGAUAAUUGA